AUGACAGACAAAAAGAUUCCCUCAGGCAUACCCGACAAGUUCGACCUCGUCGGGAAUGUGCAGCCUUUCGCAGGCAACACCAUCAUCUGUCCUCUAGCGAACACAUUUGAGGAGCUCAAACAAAGUCGUCUCUCCCAUCUGUACACGCUUCUUCCGCCGUCAAGCUGGCACAUGACAGUCUUCGAAGGCGUUGUCGACAGUCGACGAGGCAAAGGGCAAUGGCCAUCUGACAUCGCUGCCAACGCCUCCCUGGCCGAAUGCAUCGAAAACUUCAAGAAAAAGCUGGCGGACUUCGACCUGGCCACAGACUUACCCUUCCACGUCAAAACCGCUGCCAUCGAAUUCGCAGGUAGCCUAUCUGGCAUACGUGCGACACUCGAGCCCAUUCCCAAGGACGAGAAACAGCUUCGCGGUCUUCGAGAUCGUCUCUCGGACUCGUUAAAGAUACGCAGCAAGAAGCACGAUACCUAUGGCUUUCAUCUCAGUAUAGCGUACAUGCUACGAUUCCCUACGGACGAGCAACAGACGGAGCUUCGGGAGAUCUUUGAGAGAUAUUUUGAGAUGGUGCCGAAGCAGACGGCUUUGGAGCCGCCAGAGUUCUGUACUUUCGAGGAUAUGUUUGCUUAUCAUGCUGUGCUACUUUGA